GCUCGAGCUCUGAGCGGUCACACAAAAGCUACAAACGCUGACGGACCUCUUCUACAUUUCUCACCUAGGCGGGACAUUUUAAAGAGAGCCUUAACUGGGAGGACGCCGAACCCGCUCGGCGGUUUAACUCCGGGUCUGUCGCGAGGGUGGACCGUCCCAGACCGCCGCGAGGCUUUCGGUGUGUCCACUGUCCUGCUGCGAGGUCUGGAGCUCGGUCGUCAUGGAGGAACUCGCGCGCGAGAGCAUCCGCAGCCUCAGCCUGCUGUCCAGACCUCCGCGGGGCUCCGAGGCGCCGCGCCUCGGCUCGUUCGGGGCCGUCUUCAUCAUGCUCAAAUCCGCGCUCGGAGCGGGACUCCUCAACUUCCCCUGGGCGUUCGAGAAGGCGGGAGGGGUGAACAGGGCCAUCACUGUGGAGAUGGCAUCUCUGGUAUUUUUGAUCAGUGGCUUGGUCAUUCUAGGAUAUGCCUCGUCUAUCAGUCGACAGAGCACCUAUCAUGAUGUGGUGAGAGAAGUGUGUGGCCGCAGGAUUGGCCAGCUCUGUGAGAUCUGCUUUGUCUUCAACCUCUUCAUGAUCUCUGUUGCCUUCCUUGUGGUGGUGCAGGACCAGCUGGAGAAGUUGUGUCUAUCUGUAUACGAAACGGUGACGGGAGAGAAAGUAAUGCCGUAUCACUGGUAUACAGACCAGAGCUUUGCGCUCUCCAUUAUGUGCCUUAUCAUCAUCCUCCCUCUCUCAAUACCUAAAGAAAUCAGCAUCCAGAAAUACACCAGUGUACUGGGAACAUUGGCUGCCACCUACCUGAGUGUUGCUGUCAUAGUGAAGUAUUACCUGAAAGAGGAACACACAGCCAACUUCACUCCACAACACAGUGAAGGCGUGGAGUCCUGGGCUUCUAUGUUCAGCGUGGUCCCCACCAUCUGCUUUGGCUUCCAGUGCCACGAAGCUUGCAUCGCCAUUUAUAGCAGCAUGGAGAACAAAAAGAUUACCCACUGGGUGUUCAUUGCUAUGGUCUCCAUGAUCUUCUGCCUGCUUAUCUACACCCUUACAGGAGUGUUUGGCUUCCUUACAUUUGGAAAAGACGUGGCUUCGGACAUUCUGAUGUCAUACCCUGGAAGCGAUGUGGUGAUGAUCAUUGCGAGGCUGUUGUUUGGGAUAUCAAUUAUCACCAUCUACCCCAUAAUACUUCUGCUGGGCAGGUCUGUGAUCCUGACACUGGUGCUGCGUUACCGGGAGCGCGAGGCAAUGGUUACGGCAGUGUUUGAGAGCCGCUGCCGGGUGGGUCUGACGGUGCUGUGGAUUUGUGUGACACUGUUUAUUGCCAUCUAUGUGCCAGACAUGAGUGAUGUCAUCAGCAUAAUUGGAGGAAUCAGUGCCUUUUUCAUCUUUAUCUUUCCUGGACUGUGUCUCAUAUUCGCCAUGCAGACAGAACCAGUGGGUCACAGAACAAAGAGGUUCCUGACUGGUUGGGGCGUUGUCACUGUUGUUACCGGAGCCUUCAUCUUUGGCCAGAGUACUACCAUUGCUAUCAUGGAGCUGGCACACAAGUUCUGAUUAUCAUCUUCAUCAACAAUGACACUGAUGGAGGAUUAACAUUACUUGCUUGUGUACCUAAAUGAAUGGCUGAAGUUGUUUCUAACCGCUCUGUGGGAGGAAUUUGCUGAGCUCUGCAACCUACCACUAAAGAAACAUCUACUGUUUCGAUAUCAAAGGAAAGGAAGAAGCAGACGGAUCGGUAAAAAAGAGUAAAUGUAUUAGAGCAGAAAGGGAAAAUGAAAAUAAGUGCAAGUAUUUAUUUAUCUGAAUGUGGAUUAUAAAGAUAUGGCUAUUUUUAUUGCAUUGGGCUGCGCUCCCUGCGGCUCAACGCCAUUUCAGGACCAAACCCAAAAAACAUUUUAACUCAGUUGUUCUUUUUUUAACUCUUAUUUUAAGUGUACAGAUACUUGGCCGGUCAAAAUGAAAAGUAAGAUGAAAGCUUCAGCGCUCGGAGACUGAGAAACAUGCAGGUACCUCUGCCAUUCAAAUGGUGGAUGCUCUCAGCAGCAGCAGCUGUUCAUGGUUUGCGUGAUCCUAUUAUCUCUGUCCGUGUUGAGCAGACACACGUGAUGUAACUUAUGUUGUACAGUAACGAAGACCAAAUAUGUUUUUUUUAUUAAUUUGUCAUUAUUUGGGUUGUUGGUAUGUUUGUUUCUGUUCAUAAAU